AUGAGAACCAUGAGGCCCAACCUCCACUUGAACCUGAACCCGACCAGUUUGGUCGGAACCAAGAGCCCGGCGUCCGGGUUCGUCACCCCGAUAGACCAGAUGCAUCCGAGCACGCCGUCACUACGCUCGGGCUCGGUAUAUUCGUGCAAUUCAGAUGACGAUAUGGAGAUGGUAACACCAACAUCCACAGCUGUUUCUAAGUGCAAUUCGUUCGGUUCGGUGGCGAGUUUUGCCAGUUCCAUGUCGCUACAGGAUAUCCACAUCAACUACGAUCGCCAGUUUGACGAACUCAUUCUCCAGACAUACCAAUCAUACUCUACCAGGCCGGACAUCACUCCGUUCAACCCUCGCUUUCCCCCGUCGGGAAUUGCCCACAAAGUUUCUAAAGAAGUGUAUCACUACCUGACCAAGCACGGAAUCCGCAUAGAUGCCCAGCAAGACUCGCUGCCGCCCCAGAACCAGACGCUGAUGAUCAUCAGGAAGAGGCUUUUUGAACUGUGCCACGACGACUCUGGAUUGACAAGACAGAACUCAGCAACCGGCGUAAGUUCUGCUCCCCAACAACGUCUUAGUCAGACUUCACAACCAUCAGGCUCGACUGCUCACAAACCAUCUUGGCUGCACUACAACCCCACCUUCAGUUUGACCCGUGGCUCCAGUACCGAUUCGCUGGUUGAAAGCGUUCCUCAGAACAUCCAGGCGCGCAGUUCAGCCAUGCCAUUGCCUCGCAAACAGAGCUUUUCACAGUUUGCGCAAUUCCCACAAUACGCGCAGGAUUACCAGUACACUCCGCCUUCGUCCACGGAUGCGGAUGAUGAGUUCACCUUUGAACGCAAGCAAGCUUUGCAGAGUCCCUUCCAAGAAAGUCAGUUCAACUUCAAGCAUCAUCCAGCUCACAGGAGGCUAGAUGUGAGUGACAUCGAGGUUGAUCCACUUUAUAAUGCUACUUCGCAGCGAAAGCGUGAUUCGCUAAAGCUGAAGAGGAACAUGAAGUGA